AUGCCUCGCGACGGCGAUGAUAACGAUCAUUGUCUCAACGGAGUCACCCCACCUCCAUUUUCAUGCGACCCUUCAGCACCAACACCGCUAUAUCCCUUCUGUUUUUUUCCCCGAUAUCAAGGAACAACUAGGGCUUUUAUGCUCCCGACCUCACAAGGGCGGACCGAAGAACUAGGGCUAUCAACGUCUUCAGGAAGAACAAGGAUAUCCGCUCAUCCUCCUUCCCAUUCGACUAAUUCUUCGUCAUCUCUUUUUGAAUACAUGUCUCCCAAAUCAAAUCAGGAAGUUGAGGACCUCGAGUUUGUGUUGAAUAUAAAGUUUGGAUUUUUUCAUACAGAUGGGAUGCAGGUCAAACAAUUGGAGGCUCAGGUGAGAUUAAGAUGUGGAUCAAAAGUUGAUGUUGUUAAUAUAGAUGAACCUAGCCAUUGCAAAUACUCUGCAUUAUUAACUACUUCAACCCUUUGUCAAGAAAGAAGACUCAAGGAACUACAAGAUAAAUUAGAAGCAGUGAAAAUGGAACAACCACAAGUGAGGUUGAAUGAUUCAGUUAUAAAGGAGUGUGUUGUAGAGAUGCCAGAUGAAUUUAACAUAACAUGGCUUCAUAGAGGGGAUCCCAUACAUAAUGUUAGUGACUUAUCAAUUGAAGCAAGUAGGAACUUAGGUUUAUUGCUUGAUCAACUAAGGUAUCAAUUUGUGAAGUCACUCAACAAUAUGGUGGUUAUUGUUCUAAUCAAGAGGUAG